UUCCUCUAACAUGACAUUCAAGGUAUUUGCACUAGCCGCGCUUGUGGUGGUUACCAUGGCCCGUCCAGAUAGCCCGCCUACGUAUGGCUACUCUGCCCCCACACCCUCUUACGCACCCGCCAAGUACGACUUCAACUACGCCGUCAAUGACCCACCAUCUGGUAACGACUUCGGACAUGAGGAAGCCCGUGAUGGAGACAACACGCAAGGGUCUUAUUACGUCUUGCUUCCCGACGGUCGUCUUCAGAGGGUGACCUACAAUGUGAACGGCGACUCCGGCUACGUGGCUGAUGUCACCUACGAGGGAGAAGCUCGGUACCCCACCCCAAAGGCGUCCUACGGUCCUCCCCAGCCUUCCUACAAGCCGCCCACCCCCUCCUAUGCUUAAGAUAUAGAGCUUCGGAUAUCUAUUGAACUCGAGUUUUUGUAAAUAUUAUAUAUUAAACUAGCAUAUUCCAUC